UACGAACUAACAAAUAAAACGGAAUGUUAUGAGCAAGCAUUUACCAAUUGUUACGAAGAAUUACUAAAUAAAAUCGGAGACUUGCCGGAUAAUGUUCGUUUAGAAACUUAUGGAUUGGCUAGGGAGACAAAUCAAUAUCAUAUAACUAAUAGAGUUUACCGAGCCGACGGAACUCCGGAUAAUGAAACCGGAUUAGUAGAAUUAUGGACGGGGGGCAAAGUAAAUCCCCUUUUGGUUAAUAAAUCAGAAAUUCCCGAAUGCGAAUUUACCGAAAUGCAACUGGGAGAAUUUUUUAGCGGACAAAUUGAAUAUGCUUUAACUAAUGAGUUAAGGAAUGGCGAUAUAGCCGAAACACGAAGGCGAAUAGCUACGUUAAACCGUUGUGCGGAAAGCAACCCCACUGGAUUGGCAGCAUUUUUAUGA